UCCUGUGACCGGAAUAUAAAAAAACACGGAAGUGCUUUGUUUUUAUUUUACAGCCUGCUGUCAGAUGCACCUUUGGGCUGCAGCAAUCGUUUCAAAUCCGCUAUUAAAUUAACCAGAGGUCGACGCAAACAUCCUUGGAGGGAGUGAGCUUUGUCGUCACCAUGGUGGAGCCCACAGCAUCUGGCGUGUUCUGUAACAGGAUGCUGAGUAUGGUUAACUCUGAGGAUGUUAACGCUAUCAUCCAGGCUCAGAGACACAUGCUUGACCGCUUUGAGAAAACCAAUGAAAUGUUGAUCAACUUCAACGGGCUCUCCAACGUGCGACUGCAGCAGAUGAACGAGCGCUUCCUUCUCCACACUCGCACCCUUGUGGAAAAAAAAGAUCUGGACAGCGUCUUCAGGAGGAUCAGGACACUAAAAGGGAAGAUUGCUAAGCAGUACCCAGAAGCUUUCAGCAAUAUUCAUGAAUCGCCCAUCCUGGGGGACGACGACGAUGAGUUUGAUCCAGUUCCCCCCAGUGCUGCUACAGCCAUUACAAUAGCCACUUCGGAGCAAAGCACAGAGUCCUGUGACACAAGUCCAGAUGUCAUCUCACCCACUGUGAGCAGAUGCUCUGAAGAUCUCUCUCAAGAGCUUCCUGACACGCCUACCUCCGAUGGCUUAGAGACAGCUGUCCUGCAGGACGAGGGUCCGGACUCUGUACCUGCGGAAUAGUGAGCAGUAUGGGAAUGGAUUUCAGCCUCUUGAGCUUCAAUUCACGAUUUUAGCAGGAGAUCAUGAUGUACAUUUGAGUUUGUGGUGGCCUCAACAUGACAUUUCCACUCCUGUUUGGAAGAGCGUCACAACCUUGAUGUUAGAUGUGGCUAUGAACUGUCUGUGGAUGCUGGAUAUUUGUCAGCAUGGUUAUUUGUUUUAUGCCUGCAUAGCACUAAAAAAAGCAGGUAGUACUUGAAGUGAUAUAGUGUCUCACUAUAGAUGUCUAUAUCCUAGUACUGAAAGUUAAGUAAACCCUCACUUAUUAAAUGGUAAUAAGCAUAUAGAGUUAUUUGUUGUUUGAAGAGAUGCACACCUGACUCAUGAUUUCUGUCAUGAUUUCUGUUACUUAACAGACAUUAAUGUUCUUAACCUGAAACACAGCUGCUUCUGUUUUUACUAUUACAAUAUCAUCAUAAUGCAGCAUUUUAAUUCUAUAGGCCCCUUUUUAAACUGGGAAAUAUGUUUGUUGGUGCAUUAAUGAACAUUACUGCAGCAUUUUCUCUGAUGCUUUAUGGAAACCUUGCCACCUUGCAUCGCAGGAAAAACUAUAAUAUGAGUGAUUCAGCAAACUACUCAAGAACACAAUAGCAGGGCAGAGGCUCGUUGAGAAGAGAGCUGGAAACCAGGCUGUGUGAGUGAAGGAUCCAAUCAUCCCUUGCUCCCCAUUAAAGAUAGUCUUGGUGUAAAAGGGAAAAUCCAUCUUAAAAUGUGCUUCAUUUGUUUUUGUCAUAUUUUUACAACUCAGUUUUAUUUUGUGGUUUCAAAAAACAGCUCCUGAUUCUUUGAAAGGAGAGUAUAAUAAUCAGAUAUUAAAGCUGCUUCAUAAUAAUAAUGUAAUAUAAAUUAAUGUAUUGACUCCACUGUCCUAAAUUGAGAGAAUAACAAAAAAUGAUUUAUAAGAUUUGUUAUUGUAUCUUGACAACUGUUUUUGGCUCACGUUUAUGAACAAUAUCUGCCAAAUGGUGUCCUUUGAUGUAUUUUAAAUAAAACAUUCUUUGCAUAACAAUAAGAUGCAAAGAGAAAGAUAUUACAUUUAAACCAAACGUAAGGUAAGCAACUAGCUUAGCCCUCUCAAAUUGUAAGCAUCAAGGCAGUAAAUAAUGUUGAUUCAAGGUGAAAAUACAACUGAUGCUGUAUGUAUGUAUGUAUGUAUGUAUGUAUGUAUGUAUGUAUGUAUGUAUGUAUGUAUGUAUGUAUGUAUGUAUGUAUGUAUGUAUGUAUGUAUGUAUGUAUGUAUGUAUGUAUGUAUGUAAGCGGCAACUGCUCUGUUGCCAUAGAACCCAAAAGUUUCAGUGUGUGGCAAUUGGUGGAUAGUAGCAUAACUCAUUUUAAAUCUGUUAGGAAAUAUGAGCUCUAAAAACAAAACAACAAAUGUGUCAGAUCAGCAUAAAAAAAAAUGAUUAUCCACUUCAUGGAUGGAUUAUGGUUGAGGUUGAAUUUAGUUAUGUUCAGAAUUGAUGCAAUGCAAUAGUGGGCUUCUGAAUAUGCUAAAAUCACUGGACUUUAA